AUGCUUGGGCAGCUUUAUGAACUACGAGAGGAAGUAGCAAUAUUUCUAGAUUUGCAGCAUAAAGCAGAUCUCCACGACAAAUUCCAGUCUGAAGGCUUUCAGCUAUCUCUAGCUUACCUGGUGGACAUCUUCGAAGCGUUGGAUGCUCUCAACUUUAAACUACAAAGGAAAGACAUCAAAAUUCUCACGCACCACAUCAUUCGAACCUUCAUAGCCAAACUUGACAUCUGGAAAUGUCGAAUUCAGCAGGGAAAUACAGCCAGUUUUAGUUACUUGGAUUCUGCUAUCAUUCAUGGUAACCUUGAUUCUGAGUUAAAGAAACAAAUAAUCACUCAUCUAACUUACUUGAAAACGGAAUUCAUCAGAUACUUCCUAGAUACAAAUAAACAGUGUGAAGCUUGA